UUAUUGUCUGGAAAUCGUCUUAAAAAGGAUAAUCUGCAGCUGCAGAGUGUGUGUAAGCCACGCCUUGGUUUUAAGGAAAAUCCAGCGUCUCCUUGAAUUAAUUGUGCGGUUUGGAGUUUGGCCACUUUGGGCUCUCAGCUGCAGCUAAAAAGGUGAAGGACAACUACAAAGGAAGCAAGGACAAGGACAGGACGCCACAUAAUGGCCACGUGCAAUCGCAGUGUGAGCGACAGCUGUGGCAAUGCGACAACAUGUCCAGCCAAAUGCCCCAGUGCCUCCAUAAGCCUCAAUGUGCUGCCCGACGAGAUACUCGAGUUCAUAUUCACGUAUCUGCCGCCAUACGGGGAUCUGGAGCACUGUAGCCUCGUCUGCAAGCGCUGGCAGUUAAUUGUGAAGAAUCUUGUUAGACGCUCGCAAUUGAACCUGGAGAAGGGUCUGGCCGAUUUCCGACUGCGUUGGGAGGUGUUCUCCCAGCAAACUGCCGUUGCCGUGGAGGCCAAUAGUCCAAGCAGGUCAACAGGCAUGCCAAUACCCAUUAUUGCGGGUCGUUUUGCCCACUCGGCAGUGCGGCAGGGGAACUCCAUGUAUGUUUUUGGCGGCGGCUCCUCGUCGGAUACGACAUUCAAUGAUCUGUGGCGCUUUGAUAUGACGCACAUGCGUUGGACACGCCCACUGGCCACCGGCACAUAUCCCUCGCCCAAGGGCAGCGCCUCGAUGGUGGCCUGGCGGGAUAGAUUAGUGCUGUUUGGUGGCUGGCGGUAUCCUUCACUGCAUCCACCCUAUCAGCCAUGGUGUCUUUUCGAUGAGCUGCACUACUAUGAUCUGGGCAAAGAUCGUUGGCUGGCUCGCAGUUCGAUGCCAUGCCCACCGCCCAUGGCUGGACACUCGGCCACAGUACAUGGCAAUCGGAUGAUUGUCUUUGGUGGCUAUCAGAUAAAAGAUGAUGUCAAUGUGAACUCCAAUGAUACCUGGGUGCUCGAUCUGGAGGAGCAGCGCUGGUGGCAGCCACUGUUUGUGGGAAACACGCGACCUGCGCCACGUUAUGGCCAAAUUCAAGUGGAGCUGGACAAGCAUCAUCUGCUCGUUGUCGGUGGCUGUGGUGGCGCCAAUCGUGUCUAUACGGAUGCCUGGCUGCUGGAUAUGACCCGGGAUGCCUGGUCCUGGAAGCAACUAAAUGUGCGUAACAAGAACUUUGGUGCCGUCCACAUGUGGUGCAAUCCUGGCUGCAGAGUAAACAAUUACUUGGUUGUGGUGGGUCCCUCGCCCAAAAUACCGCUGGACUUUCAGAUCAUGAAGCAGAGCCGCGUUCCGGCCGUUGGCGGCUCCGCCUUACGCUUUGCUGGCCUUGGCCAGGCACCGCCGCCACCGCCACCGCUCUACCAACAACAGCAGCAGCUGCAGCCGGGCCAGCGCUUGGCGCUUCCAGAGCGCAGGCCGGGAGCUGUGCUUCCUGACCAACGGCGUGCCAACAAUAUGCGCUUGGGAGGAGCCGGAGCAGCUUUGGCGCCCCAGGAACAGUAUUUGGCCAAUAGGCGGGCGAUACUCAACCAGCACAUGCAGCAGGCCCAACAGUUUAUGCACAACAACAAUGUCAACAAUAACAACAACAACAACUAUCAGCCACGUUCUGGACGACUCAGUGAUUUGCAUUCACCGCCGGCAGUCGCCGCUGCUGUGGCACCACCGCCAGCACCACCUGCGCCGGCAGCGGACGGCGAUGCGGAUGCCGCACAGCGAUUGCAGCGCAACUUGGCGCUGCGGUGUCGGGAUAACGAACCGUUGCUGCCCAAGCGGUUUGACGAGCAUUACGAGGAUCCAUUCCGCAUGGUGGCAUUCAAUGUGCCGGGACGUUCGCGCAGUGCGUCACGGGAUCACAGCGAGCGCAUACGCCGCAUGGAGGAGAAGAUGAACGCCAUACGCAACUCUCGACGCAGUGCACCCGCCCACGUGGAGCCACAAGCGUUGCGUGCUCCCUCUCCCAAGCGUGUCCGUUGCAAUGUGCAGUCGUUGUUUGUAUGCGAUAUUUCUAGCUUGCUGCAGUUGGAUGGAAAUAGCGAACCGACUCUGGACUGGGUGGAAUACAAGAAUUUUGGAGUGCUAAGCGGUGCACCUGAUCGCCUUAUACUGUCCAGUCUGAUAGCUGGCAACGGGGAGCUGAUUCUAUUCGGAGGCGUUCAUAAGGAGACGCUGACGGACAUUACGCACCAUGUGUCCAACUCUAUACACUUCCUGAGUGUGCCACGUGAUAUUAUCUAACCGCAGAUGCGAGCCGGCUGGCCAGCCAUACUCCAUUUAUACUAUACACUACACAUAUUCUAGCUACUAUAUAAAUAUCUUUGUAAGCCUAAGUUAUUGCCUAGUUUUUGACCCUACUAAGUACAUACAACUCCUAAUACCCUUUCAAAUUAGUUGCUGCGUUUAGAUAUUAAAUUUGAGUUAACGUGUAAAAUAAUAAUUACAACUUGUGAGCAUGAUUAAACGAGUUCAACAUGGAAUGAUUCAAAAGCA